UGUGUGCCUUCAAAGCGUGGUGUGCCGGUAGUCUGAUAUCGUACAGUUUAUCGUGUGGGAUAGUAGUUAAAUGUGUCUAAGACAUAGAAAAAGUACAACAUGUAAUUCAGACGACGAUAAUUAUCAGUUUGAAGUUGUUCAUUCCUGACUGUACCAGCAAGUCUCAUAUGGACAUAUUGGGAAUAAUUCGACAGAAUUUUAAAGCGUCAAAAUGUCAGGUACCAAUUUUAACAUUGGGUCAAAUCAGGAUGAAAGUAGACGUAAUGCCAUGUCAAUAUUCCAAUCCUGUUCGGCGCUAAUCGUGGACAUCGUCUCUUUUCUAAUAGUGCUUGUCGUCAGUCUGGUGUUUGUAACCAACCAAUUUGACUUGAAGCCGUACGAGCGAGGGUUUUUCUGCGAUGACCAGAGUAUCAUGUACCCGUAUAAAGACGACACCGUCAGCACGACACAAGCAGCCCUACUAGCCAUCUUCAUAUUCCCCAUCGUGGUACUCAUUGUUGAACCACUGUACGUCUUCUCACGCCUGCGCAAUGAGAAUACCUCUGUAAAGGAGAUAAUUAAAACUGCACUAAAGUCUGUGUACUCGUUGAUCCUGUUUUACAUUCUGGGCCUUGCUUUGACACAAUCCAUUGUUGCCAUGGUAAAACUCUCUGCCGGAAGACUUCGGCCAAACUUCUUCGCAUGGUGUAUCCCAGAAUAUAAUGCGACCGGAUGUGACGUCGGAGGAGGCUAUAUUACUGACUUUGUCUGUACAAAUAAAGACACGGACGCGGUGGACGAUGCCAAACAAUCAUUUCCUUCCGGGCACUCGUCGAGCGUUGUAUAUGCUUUCACGUACGUGGCGAUUUUCAUGGAUAUCCGGCUCCGGCAGCAGUUAAAAUGGCGACUGUACUUCCGGAUGGUCGCACCAACAGUUCAGACCCUUCUGGUAAUCGCCGCCCUCUACAUCUGUUUGACACGGAUACAAGACAACAAACAUCAUCCAACAGACGUUAUAGGUGGCGCUGUGGUCGGACUAGUCCUCUGUUUAAUAACGAUUUUCGUCUGGUCGAGAGAUGCGAUGUUGGAGAUAAGUGCAACGAUAUCUGAAGAAUUACCAGUAAGGCCCGAGUCUUUCAGGAUACGUCCAGGCAAUACUAAUGGCUCACAGAAUCCAAUAUUGCAAUCUACCUAUUCAAUCAACACCUCUGGUGAGGAAAGUGCAGUCUUCAAUGUUCCAUCAUCCCCAAUGUAGUAGAGUAAUCUCAUAACCGACAUUUAAAUCAUUGUGAUAUCUUAUGUGAUAUAAAUGUAUUUUCUGGUCAGUUUUGUAUUAGUUGAUGCAUAUUUUUGAACGAGAACGAGAACGAAUAAACUGCCUAAUGAUAACAGUGGGUUGUAAAGUGUGUGAUGAACAUACUGGUGUGUUUGUUAUCAGCAUAAUAAGUGAUAUUUGGAAACAUUUCCUUGACGACGGUCACCAAAACGGUUGUGAUAUUUGAAUAUCAAGUGAAUCAGCGAAAUACAAUACAUGUGUACACUUCCAUAUAGCAGUUUAUUGAAUUUACCAGAUCGAUUAAUCUACUCAUAUGUUAUCAUUGCUUUAAUAUAAAGUUAUUUAAAUGUGCUUUAAAUUAUCACGUUUUGUUUGAUAUAAUUUGUUUAUGUUUACACUUUAUUUGAAGUUUUUAACGUCAUUUACAUGACAUGUUUGUGAUUUUAUAAUUAUAUUAUGCAUCAUACAUGACAUAUAUUUCAACUAUAAUUUACAGAAAAUUAGUAAAUGGAAUUAAUCAUAGUUGUCAAAAUAUUUAUAUAUAUAUAUAUAUUAUUAUGACAUCAUUUGAUGUUGUGUCUUCUCAUCUCAACCGAGUUGUCUCCCAUUAUACCGAAGAUUACCUUUUCAACACAAGUCUCACACGUUGAUGGCGACACACAAAUCUUUAUGUCCAAUAUAUAGCUUGGAAGAUGACGUAAUCAUUUUUGCUGUUUUUGUCAAAACCCCGAAAAUAAUUAUUAUUUAUUGUUCAAUUUUAAUCAAAGCCAACCUGAUUAUGAACUCAACAGGUAUACAGAAUGACAAGGGACACAACUCCUAUUGAUUAAACAUCGUGACACAUUUUAUUGUAUGACAUGUUGAAUAAUUGAAUUUGACCAAAAAUCUAAUUGCAAGUUUCUGUAAUUAAUAUUGUACUCGUAAUAAAAGAGAUGAAUGAAAUAAAUGUAUUUCGAGGAA